AUGCCGCGCUUACCACCCAUAUUGCAGGUCGAGAAGCAGCAGGUGACCACGUCUGCCACGCAAGCGGCCAGCGCGAGCAGGCGGAGGAACGAGGCCCACUUUGUCUGCCCCGUCCCUGGGUGCGGCAGCACCUUUACUCGUCGGUUCAAUUUACGGGGGCAUCUCCGCUCUCACACUGAAGAACGCCCGUACGUAUGCGAGUGGCCGGGAUGCGGAAAGGGGUUCGCGAGACAGCACGACUGCAAGCGCCAUCAAGCAUUACAUACAGCGCGUUCCCAGUCAAACGUAUGCCAGGGGUGUGGAAAGACGUUCAGCAGACUAGACGCGUUAAAUGUACGUUCACAUGGCCCUAGCACGCAAAUCGCGGUACUGAUAACAGCCCGUAUGACCCGUGCAGAGACAUCGUGA